AUUCUUAGCAAAAUUUCCGGGUUUUUACCAUAGAGGUUUAUACAGCUUCCGGCAAACCUUACGCUUUAUUUAUGUUGUGAUAUUAGUUUUCAUAAACUUAUUUAAGACUUACAAGUUAGAUUUUAUAAAUUGCAGAAGAUUUUUAUGAAUGGUUGAAUUGCGCGUAAAUUUAAGUUCAAAUCACAGUAAUCAAACUUAUUAGAAUAUCAAGCUUGUUCGCACAUCCUUGUUAUUGUUUACGUUCAGUCACUCAUUCAUUUCAUACUCAAAACUCUUAUUUUCUAAAAUAAAAUUUCUUAUUGGUUUUACAUUAAAAUCACGAUUCUUUUUAUUUUAUACUCAAGUCGUAAUCAACAACAAUUAUUAUUGUUUUUUAUACCGAUUUUUUAGAUCUUAAAUUUAGAAAUGAAAUAAUGACUGCUUCGUCCAAACAAACACUGACAUUAACCAAGUUUCUGCUAAGAUCUAAAACUUUGAAGCUAUAUAGAGACAUAUUGAGAACUAUAAAAAGAAUUCCUAAUAAGGAACAUCAAGCUGAAUUAAAAAGUUGGGUGAGGAGAGAUUUUGAAAAUAAUAAACAUUUAACUAAUGAAGAUGCUAUAAAAUAUAAUUUAAACAGGGGAAAAUCCUUUUAUGAAGAAUUGUUGUCCUCUUUAAAUCUUGCUGUGUCCUGAAAUCAUAACUGUUUGCAAUUUAAUAGUGAAUGCUCAUUUUUUAGAAAUAAAAUCUUUGUUUAUGUCUUAAA